AACGAAGUUCGUGCGAAGCUUCCUAUUAUGGCUUCCAGCGGGGUCCUGGUGAGCACUGCCAGCUCGGCUAAUGAAACCCCCGAAAUACUGGACGACGUGGGAGAUUGGCUUCGGGGUGUCUACUGCUUUGCCACUGACAGGAAUGACUUUCAGAGGAACUUGAUUCUCAAUUUGGGACUCUUUGCUUCGGGAGUUUGGCUGGCCAGGAACUUGAGUGACAUUGACUUCAUGGCACCUCAGCCAGGGGUGUAGCCAAGUGGACAAAUGGAAUCCUGUGCUGAACCUGAGCCUUCCAGAAAACAACCUACAAUCUGUGACCAUCACAAGAUGUGCCCUGAUGGCAGCUGAAGUUUGAUUUAGAUGGGCACUUUCCUUUUCCUUAUCCCUGCCUAGUUUCCUUUUGUUCCUUGAGUCCACGCAGAAUUCCAUUCUCUGGUCAGCAGACAAGUUUAAGCUAAAGUAUUGCCUCUGUUCUGUAAAGUUCUGUACAAAGUUUCUAAGCUUCUCCAGGUGGUGAUCUUUGUUCUUGUCCUGAGAAAUAACAAUGCUGUUUUAACAAACAUUUGAAAUAAAUACUGCACACA